UUGUGCAGAGAGGGCUGUGGCCACUGAUAACUCCCUCACUCAGCUGCUGAGGAACUCAGAAAAAGCCUGCUCCAAACUUUUCAGCUGUUGACAAGCUUGACUUGCUGAGAACACUGGUUAAAUAUAGCCCGAGCGAGCCCAGCUCCACAAAGUCAUUGCUCGAACAGUGUGGGAAGAAGAGAGCAAGAAGAGGGGGAAACCUAAUCUCGGAACCAAACUGCCGGAGCCAAACAACACCUAGCAACAGUUGAAAAAACUUUUAAACAAAAGUCUGGGUGGGAGACUUGAGAGAGGACGACCUCCUGUCUCUGCCGAUUGGGGUUCCAGGGAGACAAAAGUUCAGCUCUCUUCUUUCUUCUGGGUUCCCUGAAUGACUAGCUGCCGAUUAGACCUAGGGGAGUGGGAAAAACCCAAUUGCUGUGGAUUUCUUGGGGGCAGGAGAGUUUUCUUGGACUUCCAGAUAAUUUGUGCUGUGGGACAAGACACCAGACUUGCGGAAAAAUAAGCCGUCACUCAUCAAGGAACCUAGAACGCCCGCUGUCAGGUGGGAAUGAGAUCCCGAAAUCAAGGUGGUGAAAACUCAUCAAACGGGCACUUCUCCUGCCCUCAACCCUCUACCAUCACCAUUGCUGAAGAUAAAAACUUUCCAGAAGAUGCCAAAAAAAAGAAAAAAACAAAUAGAAAGGAGGGUGAUGUCAUGGUUUCAGCAACUGUCAAACGACACUUGAAAACAUCUGGAGAAAGAGACCAUGGAAAUAAGAAAUCCCUAGAGUUAUCCAAAGAAGACCUCAUCCGGCUACUCAGUAUAAUGGAGGGAGAAUUGCAGGCCAGGGAAGAUGUGAUCCACAUGCUGAAGACAGAAAAAACCAAGCCUGAAGUUUUAGAGGCUCACUAUGGAUCUGCAGCACCUGAGAACGUCCUUCGAGUUCUUCACAGAGAUGCCAUCCUUGCCCAGGAAAAGUCCAUAGGAGAAGAUGUAUAUGAGAAACCAAUUUCAGAGUUGGACAGACUUGAAGAAAAACAAAGAGAAACCUAUCGACGCAUGUUGGAACAGCUCCUAUUGGCAGAGAAGUGCCAUCGGCGCACUGUUUAUGAGCUAGAAAAUGAGAAGCACAAGCAUACAGAUUACAUGAACAAAAGCGAUGACUUCACCAAUCUCCUGGAACAGGAACGUGAAAGGUUAAAAAAGCUUCUUGAACAGGAGAAGAUCUACCAAGCUCGCAAAGAAAAAGAAAAUGCCAAGAGGCUCAAUAAACUGAGAGAUGAACUGGUCAAACUCAAAUCAUUUGCCCUCAUGCUGGUAGAUGAAAGACAAAUGCACAUUGAACAACUUGGUCUGCAAAGCCAGAAGGUACAAGACCUUACACAGAAGCUAAAGGAAGAGGAAGAGAAGCUAAAAGCUAUUACUUCAAAAUCCAAAGAAGAUAGGCAAAAACUGCUCAAGCUAGAAGUAGACUUUGAACAUAAGUCUUCAAGAUUUUCUCAAGAGCAUGAGGAGAUGAAUGCUAAGUUGGCCAAUCAGGAAUCACACAACAGGCAGCUUCGGCUUAAGCUGGUUGGUUUAACACGAAGAAUUGAGGAAUUAGAAGAAACCAAUAAGAAUCUCCAAAAGGCUGAGGAAGAACUUCAGGAGUUAAGAGAUAAAAUAGCCAAAGGGGAAUGUGGGAACUCCAGCCUUAUGGUGGAAGUAGAAAACCUCCGAAAACGCGUACUGGAAAUGGAGGGCAAAGAUGAGGAGAUUACAAAAACGGAAUCACAAUGUCGAGAAUUGAAGAAGAAGCUGCAAGAAGAAGAACACCACAGCAAGGAGCUCAGGCUUGAAGUUGAGAAGUUACAAAAAAGGAUGGCUGAACUGGAAAAGUUGGAAGAGGCUUUCAGCAAGAGCAAAUCAGAAUGCACACAGCUGCACUUAAAUCUAGAAAAAGAAAAAAACUUAACCAAAGACCUGAUAAACGAAUUGGAAGUGGUGAAAAGUCGGGUAAAAGACCUUGAAUCUUCUGAAAGUCGAUUAGAAAAGGCUGAAUUGAGUUUAAAAGAUGAUCUGACAAAGCUGAAGUCAUUUACUGUGAUGCUGGUUGAUGAAAGGAAAAAUAUGAUGGAAAAAAUAAAACAAGAAGAAAGAAAAGUAGAUGGGCUCAAUAAAAAUUUCAAGGUGGAGCAAGGGAAGGUUAUGGAUGUGACUGAGAAACUAAUUGAUGAAAGUAAGAAGCUUUUAAAACUUAAGUCUGAAAUGGAGGAAAAGGUAUAUAGCUUGACAAAAGAGCGAGAUGAGUUAAUGGGAAGGUUGAAAAAUGAAGAGGAAAAAUCCUCGGAGCUGAGUUGUAGUGUUGACCGAUUAAAGAAGAGGCUAGAUGGCAUGGAGGAAGUGGAGCGAGAAAUAACCAGAAGCAGAUCCCGAAAAGGACCUGAACUCACCUGCCCAGAAGAUAACAAGAUUAAAGAAUUAACGUUGGAAAUAGAAAGACUGAAAAAGCGUCUCCAACAAUUAGAAGUAGUUGAAGGAGACUUGAUGAAGACAGAGGAUGAGUAUGAUCAACUGGAGCAGAAAUUCAGAACUGAGCAGGAUAAGGCUAAUUUCCUCUCUCAACAGCUAGAGGAGAUAAAGCACCAGAUUGCAAAAAAUAAGGCAAUUGAGAAAGGCGAGGCUGUAAGUCAGGAGGCUGAGCUAAGACACCGGUUCCGGCUGGAAGAGGCCAAGAGCCGAGACUUGAAGGCUGAAGUACAGGCUCUGAAAGAGAAGAUUCAUGAAUUAAUGAACAAAGAAGACCAACUUUCUCAGCUACAGGUGGACUACUCAGUUCUUCAGCAAAGGUUUAUGGAGGAAGAAAGCAAGAACCGAAGCAUGGGACAGGAAGUCUUAAACUUGACCAAAGAGUUAGAGCUCUCUAAGCGUUAUAGCCGAGCUCUAAGGCCAAGUGUGAAUGGAAGAAGGAUGGUAGAUAUUCCUGUGGCUUCUACUGGAGUGCAGACAGAUGUAAGCAAUGAAGCAGCAGAGGAAGAAACCCCAGCUGUGUUUAUAAGAAAAUCCUUUCAAGAGGAGAAUCAUAUCAUGAGCAAUCUUCGGCAAGUGGGGUUAAAGAAGCCCAUGGAGCGAUCAUCUGUAUUGGAUAGGUAUCCUCCAGCAGCAAAUGAGCUUACAAUGAGGAAAUCUUGGAUCCCAUGGAUGAAAAAAAGAGAAAAUGGUCCCCAAACACUUCCGGAGAAGGGGCCUCGAGCCAAUUCCAGCCCAGGAGAGGUGGUUCUUUCCCCAAAGCAGGGCCAGCCUCUUCAUAUUCGGGUGACUCCUGAUCAUGAAAACAGCACAGCUACUUUGGAGAUAACUAGUCCAACAUCUGAAGAAUUUUUUUCUAGCACCACUGUCAUUCCUACCUUGGGGAAUCAAAAACCACGAAUCACCAUUAUUCCCUCACCAAAUGUCAUGUCUCAGAAAUCAAAAGGAAAUGACACAACACUGGGGCCAGAACGUGCCAUGUCACCAGUUACGAUAACUACGUUCUCAAGAGAGAAGACCCCUGAGGGUGGCAGGGGAACUUUUAUGGAGAGACCCACAUCUCCCAUUCAGAUAAUGACAGUAUCAACAUCUGCUGCACCAUCAGAGAUCUCCGUAUCUCCCGAAUCAAAGGAAAUGCCCAUGGGAAGGACUGUCUUCAAAGUAACUCCAGAAAAACAGACUGUUCCAACUCCAGUACGAAAAUACAAUUCUAAUGCCAACAUCAUAACUACAGAGGACAACAAAAUUCACAUUCACUUGGGUUCCCAAUUUAAAAGAUCCCCUGGAGCCUCUGCUGAAGGGACAAGUCCACUUAUUACAGUUAGACCAGUCAAUGUGACAGCUGAAAAGGAGGUCACCACUGGCACUGUCCUUCGUUCUCCUAGGAACAACCUUUCCUCAAGGCCUGCAGCAAGCAAAGUUACAAGUACCAUCACUAUAACACCUGCCACCACAGCAUCCACCCGGGGAACCCAGUCAAUGUCUGGACAAGAUGGGUCAUCUCAGCGGCCUACACCCACCCGCAUUCCUAUGUCAAAAGAAAGCAUCAUCAUUCAUCAGUUACGGAUGAACUCUAGAUGAAAACUGAUACCAAGCAUAUGCUUUGUGUGUGCAUCUCCUUUGAAUCCCACGUGGAUGAAUUUCACUUCUGCAGUCCUUUACCAUCACCAUGGUCUUCUAUGCUACUGAUCACUAAUGGAAAUAAUUUACUUCUUCCAAUGAAUGUUUUGGGGGGGCAGAAUUUUAAAGCUUAAAAGCUCCUUGCUAAUAUGGAAAUGGGUAACAAGAGCAAAACAGACUCUGUGCCAACUGAAUUUUAUUCUCCUAUUUGCAAAGCUUUCAGGUCCACUGGCACAUGCUUGUGUUUGUUAUUGUUAUUUGCUAUGUAAUUUAUUUUUUAAAGUACACUUUAUAAUGUGAUUUUUCCAUUUCCAUAGUCAAUGGCACAUGUAUUUGUUGAAUACACUGUCAAUUCCUCAAAGUGUUGAUAUUUUGUUUUCAAAAUUGUAAAACAAUGUAAUGGCCUUUUUUUUUUUCCUUUUGGCUGAGCUAGGUAUUUUUUAAAGAAAAUAAAAAAUAAUAUUCUGUUCAAUUUCCCAGGGCGAAUUUGUGAGCUAAGACUUUAGAAGCACAAGAUCCUUACAGGGGACUUACUUUUUUUUUUACAUAGUGUUAUAGUUCUGAAUGUGAUUCAAUAUUAAUAGAUGAUAGCUGUGGAACAUGUCCCUAUUUCAGAGCUUGAUUUAAAAUAUUUUCCACCAUUUGUGGAAGCUGCUGUUACUUUAAGAGUAUUUUUUGCCAGAACCCCAAAUUUGAUACUAAUCACACUGGGAAAUGAUACACAUAAUUAAGGUGUGGGAGCUUAACCUGACAUUAGCCUGACCUGUUGUAAUUUACGAAGCCAAUAAAGGCAUACCCCACUUA